AUGGCCUCAGUAGCAACACCAAGGACGGCACCACCACCGUCGCGACCUUUGACCAGCAAUGGCAAUAGCGGCAGCAGCAGCAGCAGCAAUAGCAACAGCGCCGGCACAGGCACAGGCACAGGCACAAGUUCCAACCACUCCACAUCCAUAAGCAACUCAAACCUAAAGCUAACCAUCCGUUUGCUUCCACCAACCCUCACCGAGUCUGAGUUUUUGAAUCAAUUAGCGUCGUACUACCCUUACCACGCCACGAAAAUUGUCCAUUCAUACUAUCACCAAGGUGCACUUCCUGUCAAACUCUUUGACUUGCCCGAGUAUUCGCGAAGUUAUCUCAGUUUCAACAAUUCCAACGACGUCAAUGAGUUCUUGACUUAUGUCAAAGGGAAAUCAUUCCAGGAUGAGCGUGAAGAUUGCAUGAUUCCACUAAUUGAAAAGUCGAUAUAUAAUAAAAUGAUUGACUCUAAGGUUCAGGAGAAGAAUAAGAACAAAAGAAAGAAGAAAGAGGUGAAUAUUGAAGAUGACGAGAUAUACUUGAAGUUUGUUGCUUUUGUCAAUAACGAAAUUGAUCUGUUUCAGUUGAAACAAGUGAAUAAGGCUGUUAAGAAGAAGAAUAAGAAGAAUGCAGCUGAGCCGGCCAAGAAAAAGAAGGAGACAAAAGAAGAGAAGGCUGCGAGAAAGAAGUUGCAACGAAAGUUGAACAAGGAAAAGCAAAAAAAGAAGGAGUUGGAGGUAAAGACUGGUGAUAAGCCAAAGAGUGAACCAAAUAAACCAGCUAAAGACAAAUCUAAAGACAAAAAUACCAAACCCAAAGACAAUAAAGACAAUAAACCCAAGCCAAAGCCAAAGAAAGAUAAACCCAAGAAGAAACCGGAGGAAUCUAAAGAACCACCUAAAUCUGCACCUGAAUCAAAGGAAGCGUCAACUUCAGAAGCUGCAAAACGAAAAAGACCCAGAAGAAAACCAAAGAACAAAGAAGGACCUAAAGAAGAAGGUAACAGCCAACCUAAAAACAAGCCAAAACCAAAGGAAAGCCAGUCAGAACCAAAGCCAAAGAAACCCGAAUCAAGACCUGUUACAGCUUAG